GAGGGUGGUAUGGCUUUAAGAGUUUACUACCAUCUCUGCACUCACUCAGUCACUCUCUCACACACACACACACAACACAAAGUUUGCAGGCUAAGGCGAGAGCUGGUGGGAAACCGAUAGUAAGUGCUUGAAUUAACAGAUGAAGGUGGGAAGAAGAGGAGGAAUAUUGCGCAAAAGCAGAACGAGAAGCAACGUCGGAACUUCGCAGAGUUUGUUGAAGAGAAAGUGAAAUGCGCAUGAGCUAAUCAACAACGCCGGAGAGAGAUACUUUCAAUGGAAGUGAGCUACUAAAGCUCCAGCGGAGUCAAAAGCGCAGAUUGGAGCAAGGGGGGACUGUCGUGUGAUUCCUAUGACCGUGCUCGUUAAUCUGGAAAGUGGUGUCACACAGGGGACUACAUGAGCUCUUUGAAUAUGAAGGAAAAUACUUUACGCACACUCCAGGACAACAGUUAGGGGAUAUGAACGCUAACUACUGGAUUUCGCUUCGAUUUUUUCCUCUUUCAGGUUCAGUUUUGCGUUUUUGGGGAUGUUUGCGAGUUGUAUCUGUGCGGUUUCAGCUCGGAUAUUGACCCGGCUCUGCGCCCUGGUGCUGGUGGUCGCUGUGGGAUUCGGUUCAGAGCUGCGGGUCCGGGUCCGGCUCACGGACGGACUGGUGACCGAGGAAGUGUUGGAGGCGGACAGUGAGAGGGACUUCAUAUCGCUCGAGUUCAAGCAGGGAGAUGGGACGCUCAUCACUUUUGUGGCGGACUUCAAACAGGAUGUGAAAAUAUUCCGAGCGCUGAUCCUCGGGGAGCUGGAGAGGGGGCAGAACCAGUACCAGGCGCUGUGCUUCAUCUCUCGCCUCAACCGCAAUGAGAUCAUCCCCAGCGAGUCCAUGGCGCGUCUCAGACAGAAAAACCCUCAUGCCAUUCGCUUGGCUGAGGAGCGGAGAGGCCUGGAGCAGCUGACGAUGAGUGCAGCAGUCAAUCUAAGCCGGGCCUGGCAACUCAGCUCCCACAUCCACAACAUGUGCAGCGAAGCCCGGGAAGCCAUCUACACCAGAGAGUCUGAUGUUAAACACUGGCUGGAAAAAGGAGUGGAUGGCUCCAUAUUCGAGGUCCUGCCCCAUACAACAGAGGUGCCCAGCUUUCAGGCGUGUCACUCCACUAAAGACUUGUGGCAACCGUGUCUCUGCACAUACAGCCUGCGUCUGGAGUGGUACCCAUGUAUGCUGAAGUACUGUCGCAGCCGAGACACAACUGGAAGAGGCUCGAACUACAAGUGUGGCAUAAAGAGCUGCAGUAAAGGCUACCAUUUCACGUACUACGUUCCUCAAAAACAGCUCUGUCUAUGGGACGAGGAGACCUAACAUUCUGCUCUUAACAAGUUAUAAAACGAGAAACACGUUUUCCCUCCGUCAGCUAAGCCGGUGCUUCCCCACCAAUGCUUUUCAACGAGCAUAGUCACACUGGACUUCAGUUUAUGUGAUGCUAAGCGAAGCAAGUGGGGAGUUCAGGCAACCAGAUGUUCAAGCUGAAGCAGGAAAGAAUUCAGGUUCAAAAUAAGACCAAACCCUAUAAGGAGGCACAGAGACAGCUCAUCUUUCUAAGAUUAGCUCCUGACUUUGAGACAUAUCAUUGUCAACUAUAAUGUGACUUUAUCACGAAGCUGUCACUUGUGUGCCUUUCUUUUGCUGAGAAAUUAAUGGAGCAGAUGAUGACAACUAAAACCUCUCAAUCAAGCUACAAUGUGCACAGAACUGGACAGUGCAUUUCUGGUCUCAAGCAGAGGAACAACAGAGUCUGCGUCCCAUCAAAAGAGUCGUACAAAUGUGAUCUUCCAUUCUGGUGAAGGUUAAUUUUUUUUGGUCGAUUGUUUUAUUUUCAAAUUUCUGUGAUACUGUUUAUCGCCAGCUAAAUGCUUUUUUUGUUCAACAACAUAAGCUGGCUAACAAAGAAAAUUAUUCUCCAGUGCUGGCUUUAUUUAUUGAGUUGCAAAGUAAAAUUAUGGAAGACUAUUUUUAUAUUUUUGUGACAAAAAACUCAUCCUGUCUUUUUGCAUUAGACAAGCUCUUAAAGUCACAUGACUUAGCCACAGGUCCUCAGUAACAAGAAGGUAUUGGAUGUUUAUUCCAGGUUCAUCCUUACUUUAUGCUAUUUAACUGUCAAGUUUUCAAGAAGUACAUUUAUUAUAAAGGAUGGUUUUAUUUAGGUUUCCACAUCAGUAGCCAUGAGGAGAGACCUCAUGCUUAUCAAUCAUAUUCUCAGUCUUUUAAAAAGUUAAAAUUAAACCAAAGCCAGAGGAAACACUGUCAAAGAAGGGUGUAAUGUCUCUUCACUGUGGUAUUUUUCCAUUUUUGGUUCACAGAAACUGCAGUGUAGCCUUAUUAAUGAUGUCUACUGCCACCUGCUGGUUAAACAAUGUUCCAAUGGUUCUGUAUUUGCCUAAAACCAGUAUCUUGGUUUUUGGUUUUUAUGUUAAUAGCCAAGUGUUUAUAAUUUAUACAGUACAUUUUAUAUCCCUGAUCAUUAUGUCAUGCAUAAGCGCUUCUUGAACUUGUGGGACCAAAUUUCAGUUUGUGUCUGUUCUUUUGAGCAAAUAGUUUGAAGUAUAAUUUUGGUCUGUCUUACCUCCAUCUUCAUCUCAGUCUUUACUGCCAUAUGAAAUGUUAAUUGUUUUUUAUUUUCUGUGUUUGUCAUGGUUACUAAAGAACCAAAUGAGUGAAACAUUUCUAUGUGGCCUUUUCCAGUGAUCAAGUGCCUUAACAUUUCCACUGAUAUCUUUGCUUUGUAGUUAUAGGUUAGGUUCUUAAAAAUAUUUUUCAUAUGAAAGAGAUCUGACUACAUUGCAAAACGUUGCCAUAAGGAGAAAAUGAAGCAAUUAGGUGUUGGACCUUUCAAAAGUUGUGUUUCACACAAAUUGUUUCAAUAAAGUCUUUCUUUGCACUGCA